GAGCCACUUUCCAGCUUCACUCAGAUGUUCAAGAACAAUACUGAGGAACCUUUGUGCUUGUUGCCAUGGACAAAACCUUUGCUCUUGUCCUCUGCUCUGUGCUGCUGCUCACUGCUGAAAUCCAAGGACGAUGCCUGUGCACAACUAAAGGUUCUGACUUUGUUCACCCAAAAUCCUUACAAAAACUAGAUAUGUAUCCUAAGAGUCCAUCCUGCGAAUACAUCGAGAUCAUUGCUACACUGAAGGGCUCUGGACAGCAAAAAUGUCUGAACCCUGAUUCCAAGUUGGUGAAGAAGAUGGUGCAGAACCUCAUCAAGAAAAGGUUCCUAGCAAAACUUCCCAGUAAGUGGGCAAUUCUUCAGUGAGAGACAUGCCAAUGGACGAGCACUAUUGGAAGGUUUCAGCUAAUCUGACACACACUUCCCAAAACAAUCUUUAUUUUAAAAUUAGUUGCCUUAAUUAUUAAAUAUGCAUCUUGCUUCCUUUUAAUCUAUAUAAUGUUACAUGCAAUUGUAAUUAAGAGGUAAGUGAAAAACUUGGCCAUAGGCUUUCUUAAUAGCAUUAUACACAUCUUAUCAUAUCAAAGCAACAAUGCUCUGUGUUUAACCUACAUGCAAACUUUAUUUUUAAUGUAAAUGUACAUGACUAUCUAUUAAAAAGCAGUAUAACACACUGGUGGAAUUGAAUUGCCUUCACUAAUACUCUUUGUGCUAUGUCAUUCUCCUUGUAAAUCCAGAUCAGUAAAAGUGAAUAAAAAGCACUGAAAACUA